UUUCUCCAGCUAUUCCCCUAGUUAGCUGAUCUGUUUAUCCAUGGCGGAGGCGGAAGCCACCAAGGAGUUGCCCGUGGAACACCACCCGCCGCCGCCGACGACGCCUCCAGAACCCGAACCAGUUGUAGCCGCUCCAGAAGAAGUAGCCGAAGAGAAAGCGGUUGUUGCUCCCUCUCUUCCUUCUCAUCCUGAAGAAGAAAAGGAGAAGGAUAAACCAGCUGAUGAAUCCAAAGCUAUCGUCCUUGUUGAGCACAAAGAAGCUACAGAACCAGAACAUGUGGAAGAGAAAAAAGAGGGAGGAUCCCUUGAUAGAGAUGUAGUGCUUGCUCGAGUAGCUAAAGAAAAGAAGCAUGCCCUCAUCAAAGCCUGGGAAGAAAGUGAAAAAGCAAAAGCUGAGAACAAAGCCCACAAGAAGCUAUCUGAAAUUGGUUCAUGGGAAAACAAAAAGAAAGCAGAUAUAGAAGCUGAGCUGAAAAAGAUUGAGGAGAAGUUGGAGAUACAAAAGGCGGAAUAUAUAGAGAAAAUGAAAAACAAGAUUGCAAUGCUUCACAGGGGAGCAGAGGAAAAGAGAGCAAUGAUUGAAGCAAAACGAGGAGAAGACCUUCUUAAGGCAGAGGAGUUGGCAGCCAAACACCGUGCCACCGGAACUCUUCCAACCAAAGCGUGUGGGUGCUUCUGAGGCUUUGGAAUUGUGUUUGUAAAGUCUGUGUGGUGAUAUUUAUUGUAUGCAGUUUAUUUAGAAGUGUUGUGAGGUGAUGCUGUAGAAACAAUACAAAAUUUGUUGUUCAUUGCUAUGGUGUGCAUAGUGAUGUAUUUGAUAGUAUAUAAAUAACAGAUAAAAAAACUAAAACAAGCGUUGUACAAGUGUGGAAGUUUUUCUCAUCACUCAAAGGUGCAAAUCUGUAAGAUCAGCAAUGGCGUAGAGUACUAAUUGGAUUAUUGGAGUAGUGUAACUCAAUUGAAAGACAUCUUGGAGAUGUAAUAAGGUGACAUCAUAUUUUGGUCUAUUAAAACUUCAUCUGACUGUCACGAGGUUAUAACUUGAAGUAGGCCUGGACUUGAGCCGGUUCGGGCCCGGGCCGGGCCUAGGCCCGGUCGGGCCGGCGGUUCUGGAAUGGGGGCCCCGGAACCGGCCCGUGUACUCCCCGGGUCUGAGUCGGGCCGGGCCAGGCCUCGGGCCUUUGUUAUUUUUUUUCCUUUUCGUAGAUAACCCCAAACCCCACCCCCCCACCCCUCACCCCCAAACCAUCCCAAACCACCCCAAAUGGCCCAAAAUACCCAGCCCAACCCGAAAACUAACAAAAAUUGAAAAAAAAAAACAAAAAAAAAUUAAAAAGGCCCAGAACCGGGCCCGAACUGGCCGGGCCGGUUCGUGAUUUAGGGGGCCCGAGCCUGGACCAGAACCCCCGCGGGUCGGGCCUACCCGAACCGGUCACUGACCGGGCCGGGCCGGAACAGUGCCGGUUCCGGGUCGGGCCACCCGACCCGAGUCCAGGCCUAACUUGAAGUUUCAUCAAGUCAUACCUUAUAUGUUGGUUUGUAUGUAUAUAUUUGGGCGGUGUGAAUGUGUGAUGACUUGUUAGUUAUGUCGGGUAUAUGUUGGUUUGUAUGCAGGUAUGGAUUUAAGGGGGCGCGGGGAGGGAUGGAUUUAAGGGGGGCGCGGGGGGGGGCGACCGCCCCCCUUGGACUUUCAAAAUUUUCUAAUAUAUAUUUAAUAUUUUUCAUAAAAGUUUCAUACUUUAAUUAUAUACAUAUGUUUUCGCCCCCCUUAUCUUUUAGUUUUCAAAAUUAAUAUAUAAG